AGAGGGCCGCUGCCGGGAAAGCAGAAGAGUGAGAGCUUCACCCAGUGUGUACUACUGCAUGUCGGACUCUGACUUAUCUUUGCGUGGAACCUCAAGGUUUCGUAUUUAAAUCCACGUUUUAGCGCCCCGGACUCGCCUUUUGGAAGGAACGUUUCUGAUACCCACAACACAUCGCCGUGACGAUGGGACGUCUCUUCUAGAGGGAGGCUUUUUUUUCGUAUUUGGUGUCGCUGGGUUACCGCCUCCUCUGCGUGAACUGCUACUUACACUUGCAGGAUGAUGGCUUUGUAGCACCAGCAAAUACUCAGGAAAUUAUUUGCUUAGUGUGCAGUGUUAACGGAGAACCAUCCAACCAUGGGUCCCCUCGCUACACCUAAAAAAGGAAGGGAAGCAGGUUCAGUUGAUCCCUGGACACCCACCUCCAACCUCAAAAUGCUCAUCAGUGCAGCUAGUCCAGACAUCAGGAACAGGGAGAAGGAGCUGUGCAUGGACAACGACGGGCGGGAGGGUGUCGACCCUACACAGGACACUGAGAAUGGAGAAGAGUCUGAGAAAUGGAUCAGCAGGAAAGACAAGAGUCUGGGUUUGCUCUGUCAUAAAUUUCUCUCACGCUACCCAGACUGCCCGAACCCGGCCCUCAACAACGACAUCUGCCUGGAUGAUGUGGCCACUGAGCUCAAUGUAGAACGCAGGCGCAUCUACGACAUCAUGAACGUGCUGGAGAGCCUCCACAUGGUGAGCCGCUCGGCCAAGAAUCGCUACACGUGGCAUGGCCGGAGCAAACUGGCCCAGACUCUGGCCAUUUUAAAGCAGGUGGGCGAGGAGCACCGGUACGGCCAGCAGAUGCAACAGAUCCGGCAGCGUCUCCUGGAUAAGGAGUUUGAGUUUGACGGGGAGGAGAAGGAGAACAAGGACGUGGUGGUGGACCCAGAGAGUGGGGAGCAGGGCCAGAGGGAGCUCUUCUUUGUGGAGCUUCCAGGAGUAGAGUUCAAAGCAGCCUCUGUUAACAGUCGAAAGGACAAAUCUCUGAGGGUGAUGAGCCAGAAGUUUGUCAUGCUCUUCCUGGUGUCUAAUCCCCGGGUUGUCAGUUUGGAUGUGGCCGCCAAGAUUUUGAUCGGAGAGGACCAGGGUGCAGAUCAAGACAAGAACAAGUUCAAGACCAAAGUGCGGCGGCUGUAUGAUAUAGCUAACGUGCUCCGGAGCCUGAAGCUCAUCGAGAAAGUCCACGUGACGGCAGAGAGGGGGAGGAAACCAGCCUUUGAAUGGGUCGGCCCAGAAGAAUUCCCACAAGUCAAAGACCUGGAAGACUCCACAUCCGAAUGCCAAUCCAAGAAUAAAGGCAUCCUGGAGUCCCGUUCAUCUGUAGAAAACUGUGCCAAAAACCUUUUUUCAUCACCUGGAGCUAAACGCAGCUUCACCCGACACCCCUCCCUCAUAAAGCUGGCCAAGAGCAUUCAGGAAGACCGCCGCAAGAUCAACUCAGCCCCCAGCAGUCCUGUCAAGAGUUCUCUCAGUGAAUCGUCAAACAGUGACUUCCCUAACAAAAUGGCCCAACUUGCUGCCAUUUGUAAGAUCCAACUUGACCAGGAGUCAGUGACUGGACCCAAACUUCAAAAACCUGCUGCUGUGAGGGUAGAGCCGACCUCCUCUGGUUCAAUGGAGCCACCUCAGGCACCGUCACUAGCCCCGACCCAGGAGCCCGGAGUCAACACUACUGUUCACCUCACCCCACACACCCCGCUGGCGGCGCUGCCUGCGGGCUCUGUUGCAUACAUCCCUGCACAGUGUUCAUCCCUGAUCCCCGUGUUGUUACCGCAGCAGCGAGGGGGCGGGCCCUACGCUGUGUAUUUGCAGCCCUCUUCCCCCAGGCCGAACCCUCUGGCCAGGCCGCAGCCAUCCAGCUUUGCUGUGCGCUCUAUGACCUUUGAGGAUAAGACUGGGCAGAGCCCGACGGGCCAGUAUACGCUCAAACGGCUGCGUGCAGAUUCAGUCUCGGAGAGCAGCCCUUCCAAAGCCAAGAGGACAGACCCCAACUUUAAGGACACCUCUCCAAAGCUGUGUGAUAUCCUGCAGGCCCGCCUGAAGGCCCAUCGCGCCAGUCAGCUCUCAAGCCGGCCCUCGCCUCGCGCCCUCCACCUGGACCCGGAGUUUGUAAACACCCCUGGUGGUGCUGCAGUCACUCAGACACUAGAGCAGAGCUUGGAAACCUUCCUGGACAGAGAGGACAAGACGGCAAACUCUGACAGCGAGGCAGGGCUAACACCGGUUAGAGCUGUGCCUCUAACACCAGGACAACUCAACACAGAGACUUUAGUACCGGCUGGAUACCUCAUCCCAAUCUCCCAGCAGUCCUUCAUCAGCGACAAGGAAGUUCAAGUUUCACUGAGAGAAAGCAGCAAGGCUACAACUCAAACUUACAACAUUUACCAGACGCCGACCGCAGGCUCCAGACCUUCCCUGGCCCAGGAGAUUACACCCACCAGCAUCCGCCUUCACAAACCCGCUACUGCCUCGCCACACGUCCUUCAGCAGGCCCACCGCCACAACAGCCCCAGUCCUGCCAUCCUCAACUUCACCCUGCAGAACCUGGGUCUGAUCUCAGGCUCCAGCCCAGGAAACAGCUUCACUGUCCCCCAGACUCCAGAGUGUGCCAGCAACACCCUACACAGCCCGCUGCCUGGCCCACUGGGUCUGCAGCAGAGAGGCAUGGUCUUCAUCAAACCUGUGUCCCCUGUGCCAAUCCAGCAGUCUGUAAACGGGCAACCAGUGGCUCUGUUCAGUGUGCAACAGCCUCUGAUGACCACCCCCAAAGGCGGCGGGCUCCCCCAGCACAGCUUCUUCCACACACCGGUCCAGCUCUCCCCUCUGGCUGCCAUGGUAACCACCGGUGGACACCUGGCCCCCAAAACUGUUUACAUCCCUCAGAGGAAGCUGGACGUUGCCACUGAGGACUCCUGAAGGGAUUUCUGUGUGCUGUGUGUGUGUGUGUGUUUUGGGUGUCUUUAUUUUCUGUUGGUUUAUCAUUUUACAGUCUUCAUUACCUCUGAACCUUUCGCAGCGGACUCACUGCCUCCACUCAAAGGCCGCUCUAAAAAUAGCUGCAAUGCAGACUUCAACUGUGUCCCUGUGGACACGUGGGAACUUGAUUUCUAAGCAAGUUCAGCAGAUGCUCAUGAACACUAUUGUCAUGCUGGUAGGAUUUAAGUUGCAAAAUCUAAUGGAGGGAAUUUGGAUUUCUUUGUCUGUUUGUUUGUCUUUAGUUACAUCACACAACCAUCGUUUUUUUUUUUUUUCUUGAAAUUACCAAGAGUUGUAAAAGUCAACUAUAAAGAACAUGUCAGAUGGAUGUUUUUCGACUGAAAGAUGAGUUUGAUUGGCAACAUUGUUGAUUGAUCAUUUUGUUAAAUGAUGUUUGCACAUAUGUACAUGUAAACUGUUACCCCUGUUCAAAUGGAAUUGUCAAGAAAUGUGAAUAUGUGAUUCAUUUUAAGACUAAUCAGACAUUUUGAUAAGUUUAAUUUAUAAGGAGAUUGCCUUCAUGUUUGAUGUCCUGCUAAAUGUAAAAUGUUAAUUGAAUUUUAAUACAAUACAUUUUUGUAAGAACAUCAUGUGGCGUUCAUGUGCG